AGUUGAUAUAUAUAUAUUAGUCUGUCAGAUUCGUCAUCUUCCGAAUUUUUGGUUAAAGCCACCGGUCAGCACACAAAAACCUUUGCAUCCAACUCGACUCGACUCAACUAUCUAUUCACUUUUUUUUCUCUCUCAAGGCAAUAGCAUUAAAAAAGGACAAAUAAGAUUUGGUGGUUGAACAUUUGAAGAAUCUUUUCCUAGUUGAGCUUAAUAUCAGAAGUAGGAAAUGGUUAACAGAUAUGGAGUGUUUUGAUUUAGAGAAAAUAUCAUGUUGCAGUGCAUAGAUGGGUUCAAGCAUUUAUUUGCUUCCGUAUUGCGGUGCUUUGAUCUCGACUUGUAUAACCAAUCAAGAGGCCUAGACGAUCCUGCAGUUCUAGCAGAAGAGACAGUGUUUAGCGUAAGCGAAAUUGAAGCACUUUAUGAACUUUUUAAGAAGAUCAGUAGUGCUGUGAUUGAUGAUGGAUUAAUCAACAAGGAAGAGUUUCAACUGGCCUUGUUCAAGACAAAUAAGAAAGAGAGCCUGUUCGCCGACCGGGUAUUCGACUUGUUCGACAUAAAACACAAUGGAAUACUAGGUUUUGAAGAGUUUGCCCGUGCCCUCUCUGUCUUUCAUCCCAACGCCCCGAUCGAUGACAAGAUUGAAUUCUCGUUUCAGCUGUAUGAUCUCAAGCAGCAAGGCUUCAUCGAAAGGCAGGAGGUGAAGCAAAUGGUAGUGGCUACUCUUGCAGAAUCUGGCAUGAAUCUUUCAGACGAUGUCAUAGAAAGUAUAAUCGACAAGACUUUCGAGGAAGCUGAUACGAAACACGAUGGGAGGAUUGACAAGGAAGAGUGGAGAAGUCUUGUUCUUCGACACCCGUCUCUCUUGAAAAACAUGACACUUCAGUACCUCAAAGACAUCACCACAACAUUCCCAAGCUUUGUGUUCCAUUCACAGGUGGACGAUACUUGAAGUGGGAAAACAUUCAAAUCCAAAUUUCAGUUCAUUCUGCUGCUGUGUUUUCUACGUUUCUAGACUCAUCAUAUUUUGCUCUCAUAUGUAAAGGAGUUGGGAACAAUUUUUUUUGCAUUAUUUUUAUUAUUGUUCUUUUGUAUGGUAUUUGGCUUGUGCUUUUUUUAUUUUAUUUGUUCAUAUGACUCUAGUUGUCAUCAGAUUUAAAUUUUUUUAGCUUGGAAUUUUAAUGCAUUAUUGUUGAUUUUAUUUAA